GUCAUAAAUCUCUAUAAUCGGGGAGAAAAAGCCAUAGAGUACCACAACCUACAUCUUAAAAUAGCUAAAAAAGUAGGAGACAAGCAUGGGGAGGGUGGUGCUUAUGGCAAUCUUGGCAAUGCAUAUGACCGUCUGGGUGAUGUCAAAAAAGCCAUAGAGUACCACAACCUACAUCUUAAAAUAGCUAAAGAAGUAGGAGACAAGCAUGGGGAGGGUGUUGCUUAUGGCAAUCUUGGCAAUGCUUAUCACCGUCUGGGUGAUUUCAAAAAAGCCAUAGAGUACCACAACUUACAUCUUAAAAUAGCUAAAGAAGUAGGAGACAAGCAUGGGAAGGGUAACGCUUAUGGCAAUCUUAGCAAUGCUUAUGGCCGUCUGGGUGAUUUCAAAAAAGCCAUAGAGUACCACAACCUUCAUCUUAAAAUAGCUAAAGAAGUAGGAGACAAGCAUGGGGAGGGUGGUGCUUAUGGCAAUCUUGGCAAUGCUUAUCACCGUCUGGGUGAUUUCAAAAAAGCCAUAGAGUACUACAACCUACAUCUUAAAAUAGCUAAAGAAGUAGGAGACAAGCAUGGGAAGGGUAACGCUUAUGGCAAUCUUGGCAUUGCUUAUUUAAGUCUGGGUGAUUUCAAAAAAGCUAUAGAGCAUCACAACCUACAUCUUAAAAUAGCUAAAGAAGUAGGAGACAAGCAUGGGGAGAGUGUUGCUUAUGGCAAUCUUGGCAAUGCUUAUUUAAGUCUGGGUGAUUUCAAAAAAGCCAUAGAGUAUUACAACCUGCAUCUUAAAAUAACUAAAGAAGUAGGAGACAAGCAUGGGGAGGGUAACAUUUGUGGCAAUCUUGGCAAUGCUUAUGGCCGUCUGGGUGAUUUCAAAAAAGCCAUAGAGUACUACAACCUUCAACUUAAAAUAGCUAAAGAAGUAGGAGACAAGCAUGGGGAGGGUGGUGCUUAUGGCAAUCUUGGCAAUGCUUAUGGCCGUCUGGGUGAUUUCAAAAAAGCCAUAGAGUACUACAACCUUCAACUUAAAAUAGCUAAAGAAGUAGGAGACAAGCAUGGGGAGGGUGGUGCUUAUGGCAAUCAUGGCAAUGCUUAUGGCCGUCUGGGUGAUUUCAAAAAAGCCAUAGAGUACCACAACCUAAAUCUCAAAAUAGCUAAAGAAGUAGGUGACAAGCAUGGGGAGGGUGUUGCUUAUGGCAAUCUUGGCAAUGCUUAUUUUAGUCUGGGUGAUUUAAAAAAAGCCAUAGAGUACCACAACCUACAUCUUAAAAUAGCUAAAGAAGUAGGAGACAAGCAUGGGGAGGGUGGUGCUUAUGGCAAUCUUGGCAAUGCUUAUUUUAGUCUGGGUGAUUUCAAAAAAGCCAUAGAGUACCACAACCUACAUCUUAAAAUAGCUAAAGAAGUAGGAGACAAGCAUGGGGAGGGUAACGCUUAUGGCGGUCUUGGCAAUGCUUAUCACAGUCUGGGUGAUUUAAAAAAAGCCAUAGAGUACCACAACCUACAUCUUAUAGUAGCUAAAGAAGUAGGAGACAAGCAUGGGGAGGGUGUUGUUUAUGGCAAUCUUGGCAAUGCUUAUUUUAGUCUGGGUGAUUUAAAAAAAGCCAGAGAGUACUACAACCUACAUCUUAAAAUAGCUAAAGAAGUAGGAGACAAGCAUGGUGAGGGUUGUGCUUAUGGCAAUCUUGGCAAUGCUUAUCACCGUCUGGGUGAUUUCAAAAAAGCCAUAGAGUACCACAACCUACAUCUUAAAAUAGCUAAAGAAGUAGGAGACAAGCAUGGGGAGGGUGGUGCUUAUGGCAAUCAUGGCAAUGCUUAUUUUAGUCUGGGUGAUAUCAAAAAAACCAUAGAGUACUACAACCUAAAUCUUAAAAUAGCUAAAGAAGUAGGAGACAAGCAUGGGGAGGGUGUUGCUUAUGGCGAUCUUGGCAAUGCUCAUGGCCGUCUGGGUGAUUUCAAAAAAGCCAUAGAGUACCACAACCUACAUCUUAUAGUAGCUAAAGAAGUAGGAGACAAAUCCAUGGAGGCAACGGCCUACUAUUCAUUAGGAUUGGUUUUUGAGUUGCAAGGUGGACUGCCAAAAGCCGUUGAACAUUACCAAGCUAGCAUAAACUUAUUCAAUUCCUUGAGAGUACUUCUAAUAUCUAAAGAUGAGUGGAAAGUUAAUUUUCGAAAUCAGCAUCAAGUGGCGUAUAGGUUUGUGGAGAGUUCUCGUAGAACAAGGUAAUGUAGAUGAGGCCUUAUUUGUUGCUGAAAAGGACGAGCUCAAGCUCUGACCGACCUCAUGGAAUCCAGUUUUUUUGUGGUGGAACAAGUCACCACAAGGGAGAAGAUGAAGAUUGCGCAGUUUUAAAAACGUUCCAUCAAACACUGUCUUUCAGGCAGUGGACGAAGCUAACGUCCAUCUUUGGGUUGUGUCCGAAGGAAAACAAGUUCAGUUAAGACAAAGUAAACUCAAAGGUUUUGUUUCAGAGAAUAGUGGAUCUAGCCUGUCCUUUGAGGCUUUCAUGCUCGGUGUCUAUACACAACUUGGUGUUCGUUCUAAUGUGAGAUGCGAGAAUCGAUCUUUAGAUGCUUUGAGGGAGGGCCGUUCGAGAGUGGAUGAGAAAACCAAAGAAGCCAAGCCUCAACCUCACAUCCAACAAGACGGAUGCUUGAGCACUUUGUAUGAUAUCGUUAUGAAGCCGGUGGCAAACUUGAUUGAAGGGGAUGAGCUACUCAUUAUUCCUGAUGGACCCCUGUGGAUCGCUCCUUACGCUGCAUUGAAGGAUGGUAAUUCUAAAUACCUGUGUGAAUCGUUCACAAUCCGAGUCGCUCCAUCGUUAGCAAGUCUUAGACUCAUUGCCGAUUGCCCAGAUGAUUAUCACAAAAGCAGUGAUGCGUUACUUGUAGGAGAUCCGUGGGUAUCCGAGGUUACUAACAGCGAGGGAAAGAAAGUCUUCGAGCAGCUUGAGUAUGCUAAAAAAGAAGUAGAAAUGAUCGGAAAAAUUCUGAAUAUCACGCCAAUCACUGGCAGUCAGGCCACGAAACGUGAGGUGUUGAAAAGACUCAGUUCCGUUUCCCUAGUUCACUUUGCGGCACACGGAUGUAUGGAAACUGGCGAAAUUGCUCUUACACCUGACCCAGACCGAAUAUCGACUGUGCCAACGGAGGAGGAUUACAUUUUAACAAUUGGAGAUGUGUUGAAUGCUCAACUUCGGGCCAAACUUGUUGUGCUUAGUUACUGCCACAGCGGCCGGGGCGAGAUCAAGGCUGAAGGUGUGGUUGGCAUUGCGCGCGCUUUUAUGGGGGCUGGUGCUCGGUCUUUUGUGGUGUCCCUGUGGGCGAUUGAUGACGAGGCUACUCUUGAGUUCAUGAAAUACUUUUAUCAACAACUUGCAGGCGGUAAACCAGCAAGCGAGUCACUGAACCUGGCCAUGAAAAGCCUCAGAGAAUCAGACAAGUUCUGCGACAUCAAACACUGGGCGCCCUUUUUGCUGAUUGGAGAUGAC